CCCUCGGGUCGACCGCUCAAUAGACCGAUCCCACCAGCCGAUCAGCGCAUGCGCCGGUUUUCCGGAGUUGCCCCGCCGCCAUCUUAGUUGUAGUCAAUCGGUCAACCAGACUACAGCGACUACGCAGUGGCCGCCGCUUUUUCAGUACUGCGCCGGAGCUUCGCGGACGUCUCUCCGAUUUCACCAGCAAGAAAAAGUCGUCAUUUACCAGAGAGCUGCAGGUUCGUGUGGUUGGAGGACGGCAUCGCCUAGAAAACUGCAUUCUUGCGGUACAGUAAUGCAUUGGCUGCAUUUUUAAAUAAUCAAUAUUCUUUUCAUGGAUUGCGUUUUUAUUAUGGCUUUUGUCAUGGUCCUGCGUUAUUUCAUUGCAGUUAUUUUUUUUUCGUUGUUAUAGCCCUGUUGUUUAUGGUCUUUGUAAUUUCUACUUCGCUAAGCUUUUUUCUCUUAAGAGUAUUUACUGUGUGCAGUAUGUGCAACAGUGAAGAUUAUCUCAGCACUAGUAAAGUGCAGUCCCUGUCAUGGGAUUACUAUCAUGUGACUAAAGAUUUGGUACUGGUAAGGUCCUGAAAACAGGGCGAGCGAUUUCUUCUCUUUUCUUCUCAUGAGAACUACUGCUGCGUUUCAUUGUUUUUUGUGCUUUUUUGCAUGAUGCUACCACACCAACUAGUCCACACGUCGUUACUACUACUCAUCGGGUACGAGCAUCAUGCAGUGGAGGCAUAUUAUGUUAUUAAUACGUGCAGCUGGUUCAUUGGCCUGGCUUCUGCGUGGACAACGGGCACCGACUGUCUGACACUGCCCGGGGUUCUUUUAUAGACUCCGUGUAAUGCUGUGCCAUGGCAUCUGUAUUACACAACCACAACAGUCAAGGGUGGACCUGCAAAACAAGCUCCCUGAACCCAUACUUUGGAAAGGAGCACAUUGUCAGGUACACUGAAAGUAAAGGCGCUAGAAAACAUCGAGAUGCUGGCCUGCGGCUUUUCACAUCAGGCCACCUGCAAAAGUUGGUGUUUUCAACUGAAGACACCGCAGAGACCGUGGUGAAGGCACAAGUUCUGGCAUCCAUGGCAACACGGACAGUGUACAGUGUUGGGGUGAAGUUGCUUAAGUGUGAUGGGGAGCUUGUCAGUGGCAGCUGCUCAUGUGUUGCUGGGAAAGGUGGUGUCUGCAAACAUGUUUGCUGCGUUUUGUACGGGCUGAUGCACAUUGCGCAACAUGAUCUCACUGAAGUACCAAAUGCCAUUGCAUGCACUGAAGGUGAACGGCAGUGGUACAACCCGCGGGAUCCAAAAAAAGUGACUGAGCAAUUUCAACAGAUUGUAUUCUCCAAGGACACCACUGAAAAAAUCAGUGAUGCACCAAGGCUUCACAAAAAACGAGCAGCCUACUCAUGCUUGAGAACACAAGACUCGAAUCUGUCAACACUGAGCCUCAUAAACUUGCAUGGAAACUUCAAAGAAUGUGGGCUCGAUUGCUUCGCAGACGUACUUGAAGCAAAUGACUUUCUUCCCGAAAAACAAAGAAAAGUUGAGAGCCCCGCUACCGAAGAUGUGGCUGGGCUACCUUUAAGGUGGCUGGAGCGAGCCAAACAGGGGAAUGCUUUGCUGUCAUACACAGACGAAGAAGUUACAGCCGUAGAGGCAGCCACACGACUGCAAAGUGCUUGCCUCCUUUGGCAUAUGUAUAGGGAGGGUCUGAUCACUGCAUCUGUAGCGCAUAGAGUUUACACAUGGGUCAGGACGUGCCAAACCAAAAUGGGGCCGCAUGAUCCCCGACGUCUCAUCGCAGCAGUGGUUGGGAAAAAGAAAGGCAGGGCAACAUUUGCCAUGAAGAGAGGCCUGCUGUGUGAGCCUGAAGCCAGGAAAGCCUUUCAGGACAAAAAUGACAGCCACGUGGAGCUUGAGGUGACUGAAACUGGCCUCUUCCUCUCUCGUCAUCACGCUUUUCUAGGUGCAAGCCCAGAUGGGCUCGUGAAGUGUAAAUGUUGCGCACCACGGCUGCUUGAGAUCAAAGUGCCCCUAAAAAUUCAAGAUUUUGCCAAAAGGCAGUUGCGUGCUGGGGAACUAAAAAAAAGUAGUGGCUAUUAUACUCAGGUGCAAGUGCAGAUGGGUGUGACUGGUCUGAACACCUGCGUGCUGUUUGUUUACAGCAAGGAAGAGUGCCGACAAAUCUCCGUGCCAUUUGACCAGAGUUUCUUCACGGAAUUCAUAGAACGUUGCAAAUUUUUUACUUCCAGCUACUUGCUUCCCUACAUUUCCAGUAACUGGUAAAGUAAAGCUAGAAAAUGUUUUCAAGCUUGUGCGUGUGUUCUGUCAUACCAUAAAUACUUCAAGCCAGUAGAAGUAGCCCACCAGAGUUUUGCUUCUGUGCCUGUAAAUUGCCUUUUCUACAACAAAGAUGUUUAUGUAUGAGGUUUGUGCAUUUUUGUUCUGCGUUAACAAGAACAGUCUACCCUCUUUCUUUGUACAUCAUUCACGUGCAUAACUUGACCACGCUGGGGAAAAAUAGUACAAAUGAGCGUGAGGCCCUCCAGUGUGAAGCGUCUGUGUGCUUCAUGCUAAUUUCGCGGAGGCAUAGGCUUGCUUAUUUAUGCCAUGAAGCACACGAAACUGCACCACUGGCGUUAUUGUUGCUACUAAUAUUCACACCAUUAUGGCUUGCGUGCUACUGUAAGGGCCGGCCUUGCUCCAAAACAGCAACUUAUGUGGAAUUUAAAAAAAUUCUCGGGGCACCUAAGCUUGCUUACGUACUGUGGAGGUAAAAAGCCUGGUGAUACUUAUUAACUGCUUCUUUACUGAUAGGGUAUUUGUGUUAUUUGUGUCUGUCUUCAUUGCCACUUUGUUCAAUGUAAUGUUACAUUGACGGGCUCUUUUACUGCUGCAUUGUCUGUACUUCUCUUUUCGCCUUCAUUUUGAAUUAAUUCAAGGUGAAUUAAACAAGCAGACCGGUAACACAUGCCACAGCUUUCCAUGAAUCAGUGUUUUGUGGGACAGCGAGGCACCUGCUCACGUGUCACUUGGCAUGAGCUAUUCGAACUUUUAUCCCACCACUGCUAAUGUGUAGGCCUGUGCUAUGAUGUGUUGUGACCCGCUUCUUUUAUGGCCCUACUUUUUACCCACCACUGCUAGUGUGUAGGCCUGUACUAUCAUGUGCCUUCUGGCCUGUUUUUUUUUGUUUUCCUGAAGGCCCUACACAGUUUACGGGAAGCACGAAAACAAUGUCAAAUAAACCACUGUACUGGAGCCCUA